GCUCCAUCGAUUUCGACAUUGGGAUUGCGAGUCCAAGUUGGUCGCUUACUUACUUUUUGCCUUUUUUUGCAUUCCAUUGCAAAGCAUUAGAAAGAGCUCUGUUGCCUUUUCAAUGUAUCAGCCGAUGCCCUCGCUUCACUCGAUGCCAGCACCACCGCCUGCAGGUGCUCCUCGUCGAGAGCGACACAGGUCGUCGGUCAUGGACCUGGACAAUCUGGUGACUCCAGGGGAGACGCUCUCUACGGAAAUACACAGACCCAACGAACCACCUCGACCAGAAUAUACCCGGCCCUUGUUUCACGCAGGCCAUCCGUCUACGCAUCCAGAGCACACAUACGAGCCAUACCAUCCGCAUCACUACCCACAGCAUCAUCGCUAUCCAUACUCUCCACGCCACAAUUAUUAUCAGUUUCCUCAUCAUCAGCCACAGUAUUACGACCAGAGUCACUUUCAUACCCAACAAACUUCCUAUCCGUAUGGACAUCGAGAAACAUACACAAACCAUCCACAGUCUUUUGCUCCCGCCCCCGAUCGGCACGCCACUGAUUCCCGCUAUCCCCCGAAUGAGAGUCAUUCCAGUUAUGGCUACGACCGUCAUCAACAGCAAGAACUUGGUCUUGCAGAACAGGUAUAUCCGUACACACCGCUCAAAGCCAAACGCAAGCGAGCUUCCCCAGCUCAGCUGAAUGCAUUGAAUGCCGUCUUUGAGAAAACUUUUUUUCCAUCCACCGAAUUGCGCCUUCGUCUUGCACAACAGCUCGCCAUGACGCCUCGCGCAGUACAAAUCUGGUUCCAGAACAAAAGGCAGACCUGGAGGUUAAAGAAUAAGGGCGGCGCAAAGGGGUCUGGAGCUGGGGAAGACCUGGAUGAUCGAGGUGACCGAAGACGAGGGUCGAGAACCGAAGAGUCUCUCGAAGAAGACAGUGGUAGCGACUUUCAGGAUCAAACUGGAAACCGGUUUGCGCAUAGAUCGCAAAGCGGAUCAGAUGUCUCUCCGUCGGGUGUAGCUGUGUUUACUCCAUCAUCACCGGAACAACCAGAGUCGGUACGGCAUUUUAAGCUUGCAAGCAGAGAUGAUACGGCCCGUGCAGCUCACAGUCGCACCACUUCUGUCGACCCGGACACCUCUGAUAUUUGGCGGACGCAAGGCCGGUCAUCAUUACCUCCGCCAGAUGCGGCAUUCCCGUCAGAGUCCCUACCGCCAGGUCACGGCACACAGGGGAGCAGCGCACCUGAUGUGGUUGCAUCGUCAACAAGGUCCCCGCUCAACACGGAAGCACCUUCAUGAUUGGAAGAUGAAUUAAUCAAUACAAUUUCAAACUACAGAUGAAAAGACACGAGCAUAUUUGAGAAAUAUCUGUACAUAGUCUGGGAAUUGAUUUCUUUCUAAUUUGCCUGGGAAGGGGGGUAGUCUGUUGCUUUUAUUUUUUUUUUUUUAUUUGAUGCAUACUGGGGAC